UUCGUAUGAUUGGAACAAAAGCGGCAGCGGUGGUUUUUUGUUUUGUUUUGUUUUUUAAAUUCAUUACUCUUUCUUUCUGCUUUAUCAAUAAACUAUUCAACAGGAACGUCUUUGCUCUGAAAUGGCAACUCUUGAGGAUUUAUUUGGGAAAUUGGCUAUGACAACUGUAAAUACAGUGUCUAAAAUUGCCAUUAGCCAUGCUACUAAUCUCGCUAUUCGCAAUGUCACGUCGUAUCUCACUACGCAAUUACCAAAAAAUAAACCUGAUACCAAGGAGAUAUCAAUGCUUCAGCGACAACUUGACUUGAAAAUUAAAAAUCUAAAGCCUACAAUUGAUAUCAUUGCUAGAUCAGUUGCUGAUGGAAAUACUGAUUUAGAACCAGCUUUGGAAAUGUGUAAUGACUUGAAGAAGGAUAUGGAUGAGUUUGCCAGAAGCAUUGAAAACGUGAAAAAUCCAGAGCAGAUGAAGUUACGCUUAAAACAAAUUAUCAGGAACAUCGAUGAGUCUAUUCCAUCUCUUCACUUAGCCCUGAGGCAAGUUAAUGAAGAAACGAAAUUAUCACCUUCAAAGCUUCUUCAAGCUUCACACAUCCUCAAUUCAUCGUCAACAAAGAACAUAAAAUUUGUCGUGAGACUCUACUCACUAUUCGCAGCCAAUCAGCGGUCGGAUGAAAAGCAUUUCUUCACUUGGAAAGAGGAAUAUCAUAAGGCACAGCUUAGUAUUGUUAAUACUACAACAAGAGAAAACGAAAAAGGAACAAACAAGAAAUAUCAGUACGAAUUGAAUGUCAUAGAAGACCUCAAUGAUGGAUUAUAUCAUGAUGACUGCGACAAAGAACAGAAGCUAUGUAUCGACGUAGGCUUAAUUCAACGCAUGUAUUAUACACAAAGUGGAGAAUUAUUGAAUAUAGAAGAUGCGAGGUCACCAGUGCUCGUUCUGAAAGUGAGUAAGCAUCAUAAGAAGAAACACGAACUUAAACUUAAUGAUUCGGAACAUGAAGAUGCAGAAAAUGUUGUUGAGGUAUCCGAGUCAAAGCCAGAAAUUGUUAAGGAGGAAUUGAAGGAUUCGAAUUGGUACGCAAUUGGUUUAUUCAACGAUGAUGCUGAUACUGACGAAGAUGAAGACUGUGAUGAGGAUAUCGAUAAUGAUGCCAGUUCUAAAGCUAUAAAAAAAGAUGCAGGCAAACAACGAACAGUUAAGGUGAAUGAAAAUAGUCUCGGUUUCAACAUGAAUUUGUUGCUGCUGGAAAAUAUCAUUAAGUUAGCCUUACUUGAGAUAACCGAGCAAAUGGAUCAUAUGCAAGCUUCUGAUGAUCUGAUAUCUUCGUAUAUGUCAGAAUAAUAAACUUUUUGUUCUUUUUUUCUUUUUUUGCAAUAAUACGCAUUAAUAUAAUGUAAGCGCAUUUGUACCUUUUGAAUAAAUCAUGUAACCUGUUUGCGCAAUAUUUCCACUUGUUUCCUUCGCUCAGGUCUAUAAAUGCUCAAAGCAGUUUCAUUCAUGUCUGUAUAUAAC